CGUUUCCCCGGAUUAAAAAAAAAUGGCGAUUUCUCCAUCAUUUCCACCAAAUUUGUUUGCUUCACUUUCUCUCUCAUCAUCAUCUUCUUCUCCUUCUCUUCCAUUUUUGAGUAUCCAAAACAAAACCCAUUCUUCUUCACACAGAAAUCUCAAACAUGAAUCAAAUUGUUCGAACCAAACAGUUGAUUUUGAAACUGAAGUAGCUCAGAAAAUCCAUGUCAAAAAGAAAAGAAAACUCAGACCCAGUUUUUAUGAGCAAGUUCGUGAUAGAUGGUCUUUGAAGAAUCGCUCACAGAGGGACAAAUUCCCAUGGCAACAACAAAAGAUAGAAGAAGAAGAAGAAGAGGCAGGAACAGAAGAAUUGGAAACAGAAGAGGAAGUGGAGGAGGAAGCAGAAUUGAUAUCUCAGAGGUUGAAUUCAGUAGAAGAAGAAGAAAAGGAGGUAAAUUUUGAUUUAGGGAAUAAAAUUUCUGCUCCUUGGGUUUAUAAAACAAAACCCAAAGAAUCACAUUUCAAUUCUGAAACUAAAAUUGUAGAGAAAGGUUUAGCUGAUAGUGUAAAAGUUAGUGAAUUUAAUGAAAUUUCGGAAACCUCGAAAAGGGUUGUUAUUGUUAAUAGAAAUGAUUGUAAUUCUGAGGAUUAUGUGUCGCAAUUUGGUUUAGUAGAAGAAAAAUUGAAGGAUGAAUUUGAGAGGGUUUCGUUUGAUUCUGGAAAGAAUGCAAAUGUUGGUACGUCUGGGGGGUUGGGUAGUGGGGAUGGCGAUUUGGGUGCGGUGUUGCCGUGGGCGAUUAGUAGUAAUAGAGAGUCUGUGAAUGGACAUAAGUGGAAGAGGAAUAAGACAGAAGUGGCAGAGAAAUCGAUUCCGGAGAUUGAAUUGAAAAGGCUUAGAAAUGUUGGUUUAAGAAUGCAGAUGAGAAUUAAAGUUGGAGCUGCAGGUAUCACACAAGCAUUGGUUGAAUGCAUUCGUGAGAAAUGGAAAGUUGAUGAAGUUGUAAAGUUGAAAUUCGAAGGACCGCCGGCGCUUAAUAUGCAGAGAACUCACGAUGCUUUAGAGAGUAGAACUGGAGGAUUAGUGAUUUGGAGGUCAGGUAGUUCAAUUGUGCUGUUCAGGGGAAUGUCCUACAAGCUGUCUUGUGUGCAAUCGUAUACUGAACAAAGUAAACAUAAUCCAAGUACAAAUACUGUCUCAAAAGAUAUUACUUUUGAUGGUGUCCAUAGUGUAGGAGUGAGUGACUCGGUUGGUAUAAUAAAGAAUUCUGUUACUAAUUCGGUGAAAACCGCAGAGAAUUCAUCAGAAAAAGAACUUAUGGAUUUAAGUGAACUGAACUGUUUGUUGGAUGAGUUGGGUCCACGAUUCACGGAUUGGUCUGGUCGGGAUCCGAUUCCAGUGGAUGCUGACUUGCUUCCUUCUCUGGUCCCUGGCUAUACAACCCCAUUCAGACUCUUACCCCAUAGUAUGAGACACUGUCUUACAAACAAGCAAAUGACUUACUUUCGCAGGCUAGCCAGAACGGUUCCUCCACAUUUUGCAUUAGGGAGAAAUAGAGAACUACAAGGCCUGGCCACAGCUAUGGUAAAGCUUUGGGAAAAAAGUGCUAUUGCAAAGAUUGCCAUCAAACGCGGUGUAGAGAAUACCCGCAAUGAGAGGAUGGCGGAAGAAAUCAAGAAUUUAACAGGGGGAACGCUUCUAUCUCGGAACAAAGAUUAUAUUGUGUUCUACAGAGGCAAUGACUUCCUGUCACCUGAUAUCACAAACGCAUUGGUAGAAAGAGAGAAGCUAAAUGAACUCAACCAAGACGAGGAAGAAAAAGCACGGUCGAGGGCAUCAUCAUUUAUAGUUUCUAAAUCCAAAGUUUCUCAAAAUCCAUUGGUUGCUGGUACACUGGCUGAAUCUCUGGCAGCAAAUUCUCGUUGGGCAAAUCAACCAAGUAGCAAGGAAAUGGAGGAAAUGAAGAGAAAGUUGGCUUUGGAUAAGCACACUUCCCUUGUUAAAUACCUCGAGAAGAAGCUGACUCAAUCACAAGAAAAAGUCAGAAAGGCAGAGAGGGCUUUAGGUAAAGUCCAGAAGUUUCUGCUGCCAAGAGCACUCCCAACUGAUCUAGAAACCAUAACUGAUGAGGAGAGGCAUUUGUUUCGAAAAAUGGGUUUGAGUAUGAAGCCGUUCUUGUGCGUAGGGAGGCGAGGGGUUUUCGAUGGGACUGUGGAGAACAUGCAUCUACAUUGGAAGUAUCGUGAACUUGUGAAGAUAAUUGUGAAGGGGCAGAGUUUCCCGCAAGUAAAGCAAAUAGCAAUCAACCUUGAGGCCGAGAGUGGUGGUUUACUAAUAUCUUUAGACAAAACUACCAAAGGUUAUGUGAUAAUUGUUUACCGUGGGAAGAAUUACCAACGCCCUAAUGCGAUAAGACCCAAGAAUCUAUUGACAAGGAGACAGGCAUUGGCACGUUCAAUCGAACUUCAAAGACGCGAGGCACUCAAUCAUCAUAUUUGGAGUCUUGGGGAGAGAAUCGAAUUGCUAAAAUCUCAACUGGAUCAAAUGGAAGAUCUUAAGGGAACGGGUAAUGAUGAUUUAUACCUAAAGCUGAAGGAUGCAUAUUCUUUUGAAGAUGAAAUCGAGGAUGAAGGUGAAGAGGCAUAUCUUCAAACGUAUAAAGAUGUUGACGACAGUGGUGAUGAGAAAUCGAAUGAUCUUAUAGAUGAAAGUUAUUUAGAACGGGAUUGAAGUAUGGCAUAGAAGAAUGACUAUUCAGGGUCCUUCUUCAGGGAGGACACUUUUUCAGGGUCCUAAUGAUCAUGGACUAUCCCUUACCAAACCAAUUUGUUCAGCCAUAUGCCUUGUCUUGUGUCGAGGCUUCAUUUUAAGUAUGGCAUAGAAGAAUGGGCACAUUCUUCUUCUGAUCAGUCUGUAAAUAGAGUCUGUAAGACAAUCAAACUUGACAGUAUCCUGUCAAAUAUCUUGCCAAGUAGGCAGACGUCACAAACUACAUUUCCAUGUGUCAAAUUCCAUGUCUACUUUACAGUUGCUUUAUAUGGAUGUGUAAGGUCUUGUUCCUGUAAA